GCCGCACUCGUCCCGCCGCGCCGCCUCGCCAGUCUCGAGCGAGCCGCCCAAAGCGCACCACUAGAACCUUAGAAGUGUCAGUCAGUUGCGAUGAAGCAACACGAAAAGCAUUUGAUAAAUACAUAUAAUGCUAAAGUUACCCAAAGGCCUUAAGAAAAAGAAGAAAGGGAAAAAAUCAAAACGCAAAGGCGAAGAAGAACUCUUUACCGAAGAAGAAUUAGAAAAGUAUAGACGGGAACAUCAGCAAAAAGCUGAAAACGGAGAAGGAUCAGCUAAAGAGAAUGAAGAGUGGUCCAAGUUCAAGGAUUUAACAACUGGCGUUGAUUCGGUUCUAAAGAAAACUCAAGGGGACUUAGAUCGCAUAAAAUCAACCUCGUUUUUUCAACGUGUAACCAUAAAAAAUGAACUUAAGCCAGUUGAAAAAGAAAAACCAGUGCGCCCUGUAGUUGAGGUUACUGAAGCUGAUUUUCCUCACUUAGCACAGGCAGCUGCUGCUGACACCGACGGGGACAAAAGUGAUUACGGUGUUACUGACGACGAGUCUGAAGAGGAAGAGGAAGAUUACGAUAUCUUCGAUACAUCAUAUAUAGACGCCGUCCAACGCGGUGAAGUAAAACUUGCCUACGUGCCUGAUUCUCCAGAGGAGUCAAAGGACGACGAUAUAUUCGAUACAUCCUACGUUAACGCGAUAAUAAAAGGUCAAGAAGUCAAGUCUUCGAAAAAUAAAAAAGGAUUAGAUAUUGGAAUUGCUGUUGAAGUGCUAACUGGUCGAAUAGAUAAUGUAAAGGUUACAACUAAGAAACCAACCAAAAGAACUAUACCAGGCGAUCUGUUGCUUGAAGAUGAUGAUAAAAGUUUAGUUAUAGAAAAUAAAGUGGUCGAAGAACCCGUUGAAAAGAGUAUUUUGGACCUUGAUGCUGACAUUCCUAUUACGACACCCAUCGAUCUAAGCACUUCUCUUAUACAACACAUAAAAAAAGAAGUACCUCAAGAAGAUCAGGAAUGCCCAACAUCUGAAGUUGUUGAGGAAAAUCCUAGCGAAGAAGAAAUCGAUGAAUUCACUUUAUUAGCAGCAGAAUCUCUUGAAACAAAGGCUGAGGUUAUCAAAUUAGAUGAGAGUGAAAUAAAAAUUGAACCAGUUUUACAAGAUUCGUGGUCUGCAUUUGAAGCUAAUACAAAAGAAUCAGUAUUUGCUGAAGGUAUAGUUGAAGAUCAACUCGAUGUACUAGAUCCUUAUAUUGAUCAAGACGAUCCAUUCGACACUAGCUUUGCCGAUGCUGUUGUGCCUUCCACGAAUUUAUGCAAUUUAAAACAAGAAGCCGCUGUAUUAGAGGAUGAUGAUGAUUUCGAUCCCCGUGCAGAUGAAGUACAGGUUCAUUUAAAUAAUAGAAGGAAGUCAUCGGUACGAAUUCAUUUAACGGAUCCUUCUGGGGUAAGGGAGUCCAUAACAUCUGAUGAUAUUAUUGACAAUCACUUAAAUGAACCAGCGAGAGAUUUGUUAGGAGGAAGCACUACAGAUCUAACACAGCUAGGUGAUGCACCUCUAGAUCCAGUUGAUUUGAAUGACAUAGAUCCAUUCGAUACAACUAUUGUCGAUAAAAUUGUAGCUCCAGGUAGAGUCGAGCUAAAAUUAUUGGAAGAAGAACUAAUUGACUCCACUCCAGCACCAAUAUAUAAGGUUCCUAGUGAUCCGGAUUUUGACCCUCGCGCUGAUGAAAUAAUCGACAAAAAAGUAGAAAGAAGAGCAUCUCGUCCAGAAAACUUAACAGUUAGCAAAAGCGUAGUAUUUGAUGUCGAUGGUACCGAUGAUGUUAACUGUUUGGAUAGUAAAGCGAAACCAACGAAACCCUUAACACCGUAUUAUACUCGUGAAGUUUCAAUCACAGAAGAUUUAAGUGAAGAAACUGAAGCUGCAGAUAGAGUUCCUAGCAAAUUACAGAGAACUCGUUCUGACGAAGAUUUUACCGCACCUCCACCUGUUUAUACUAAAAGGCGACAUUCGGAAUACCCAAAAUCAGAUCAGACCGUUUCGAUACAAAGAGAUUUGCUUCAGAGCGGAGACGUUGAUUUGCCGAUAAAGGUAUUAACUCCUUCAGGUCCACCACAAAAUAUAUCAUUUAAUAAAGAGGUUGAAGACCCUUUUGAUACAUCAUUUGCUAGUAACAUUAACCCAAGUAAAACUGAACUCAAAUUAUUAGCUAAAGAAUUUUCUUGUGAAGAUACAGACAUACAAGUCACUGAAAAUAAAGAUUUACUAGAAACGGAUGACGACUUAUUUCAAAUAAAAGCACUAACACCAGAGCCUCUUGAUACUAACCAAGAAACUGAGGAUUUUGAUCCCUUUGAUACGUCCUUUGCAAAUAAUCUAACACCAGGAAAAACAGAAGUAAAUUUAAAUGAACCUGCUGCACCUGUGACCGCAGAACUUAAUCCAUUUAUGACAACUGAAGAUGAGGGCGCGGACUUUACAGCAAAUGACAAUCCAUUUGCUACAAGCAAUCCAUUCUCUGAUUUCGGAAACAGUUACGAACCACCCGCUGGUGAUACAGUUCCCAUUGAUAUAUUUGGCAAUGCGGAGCCAGUUAAUAUAGGAGCUAAACAAUAUGAAGAAAAUAAUUCAAUUAAUAUUUUUGAUAAUCAAUUUGAACAACAAACAACGACAAAUGACAAAAUUUUAAAACCUACAGAGCUAGAACUUAUUUCUACAAUUGUAGAUGAUACCUAUGCAAAAUCUGAAGAAAUUGAUAAUCAACCAACGAUGAGGCCGGUACCACAAGAAACACAAAAUUUAAUAUUAAGUGUCACCGGUCAGAUGGAAUUUACAAGUUCACAUUUACUUAAUCGUAUUCCACCAACACGAACUCCAAGCCCUGUAUCUGUUAGAGAUAUUCAUUCUCCCAGCCCGACACCGGAACAGGACAUGUUAGAUGAUUCUCCUGCCCCCAGUGCUAAUGUUGAAGGAAAUAAAAAUAAACCAGCCAGACCGCCACCGGCGCGUCCCCCUCGACCAGCUCCGCCACCAAGACCACAAGCUCCUCCACAACCACAAGUGGAUGAUAUUAACCUUUUUGAUGCUCCAGCACCUGUUGUGGUUAAGCCAACUAAGGAAGCUAUACUGAGUUUAUACUCGGCUCCUAAAAAGGAAGAAAACCCCAUUGACUUUUUAAGCGACGAUAUACCUGAAAUGCCUGCUAAAGAAGAAAUAUCUACCACUAUUGUCCCCAACGCAAUUACAACUGCUGCUACGACAGUUGAAUCUUCAAGUUUAAUAUUUGCAGAUUCAAUUACUGAAAUUCAAGAUUCAAACAAGGAAGUAGAACUAAAAAAUGAUGCCAUAGAACCACAUAAUGAAAUCGAUUAUCCCAGGACUGAAAUGGAUACGUCCGAACCGCCUAAUGAAAUAACGAAAAACGAAAACGUUGGGGAAACCGUUACGUCUCCUUUUGAUAAUGUUGAACAAGAAACAUUAGGAUCUCAAGCGUUUAAUGAUUUGGACAAAAAUCCUUUCGAAUCGGUCACUGAAGUUGUUACAAGUGAACCGUUUUCAGCUGCAAGUGAUAUAUUUUCAGUGAAAACCGAUGAUGCAAUUGUAUCUCCUGCAGCGGAAAGCUGCCUGCAGGUGGAAAGUGUCGAAACUGAUCUUUCCAAUUCAGUUCAAAAAGAUAAUUUCCAAGAGUCUCCAAUGGACCACAGCGGUGCUUUUGACAUGGGAACUAAUAUCUUUGAAAGCGCUUCUGCCGCUGCAGAGCCUGCAUCGCAGGUCGACAAUAAUCAUUCCGAUUUUGGAUGGGGACAACCUGAACCGAUGGCACAAGACGCUUUCCCUGAGUCUAACGAUGCCUUCGAUGCCUUUGCUGCUAAAUUCGAUUCAGCCAGUGGAAAUCACAUGGCUACAGACGCGUGGGGAGACGACGGCAGCUCGGAAAUUGCGCCCGGUGGCUUCGAGGCGGAGGCGUUUGACCCGUUCCUCAGCAUGGGCGCACCGCCGCCACCAGCCGCCACGCCGCGCCUCGAGCACCAGGGCUCGAGGGACUCCACUGAUGACACUUUCUCAGUUUUCAUCAAGCCCAAGGAGAACGAGGCGGGGUCGGGGGCCGUGGUGCCCGCGCUGGCGCCGCCGCCGCGCCCCGCGCCCGAGUCGCCGCGCGUUAACCCCUUCGACAGCGCCGAGCCGCAGCUGCAGUUUCAGCCGCAACCACCGGAAGCGGUGCGCGGUCGGUCCGGCAGCGGCGGGGAGACGCCGCCGACGCCGCUGUUCGACGACGACGUGUCGCAGCCGCUCGAGGACUUCCCGCGCACCAAGUAUGUCGGGCCCGGCUGGGAGAUGCACCUGCGGCAGCCCAAUAAGAAGAAGAUCACGGGCCAGAGGUUCUGGAAGAAGGUGUUCGUGCGCGUGGUGCUGCAGGGCGACAACCCCGUGGUGCAGCUACUGAGCGGGCCGGGCGAGCGAGAGGCGCAGCAGCCGCUGCAGGAACUGCCGCUGCAGGCGUGCUACUCCGUGUCCGACGUGGGCGCGCAGCAGUUCGACCAGUUCGGCAAGAUCUUCACCGUCAAGCUGCAGUAUGUCUUCUAUAAGGAGCGCCCAGGCGUUAGGCCCGGGCAGGUGACGAAGGCGGAGCGCAUCACAAACAAGCUGUCGCAGUUCGCGGCGUACGCGAUCCAGGGCGACUACCAGGGCGUCAAGGAGUUUGGCAGCGACCUGCGCAAGCUCGGCCUGCCUGUCGAGCACGCGCCGCAGGUGUCGCAGCUGUUCAAGCUGGGCUCGCUGAGCUACGAGGACGUGAAGCAGUUCUCGUGCUGCGUGGAGGAGGCGCUGUUCCGCCUGCCCGCGCACCGCGACCGCGCGCUCACCUAUAAGAUGGAAGAGGUUCAGAUAACAACAGUGGACGAACUGUACGUGGAGCAAGACGCGGAAGGCUCGGUGCUGAAGCAGAUCGCUCGCGUGCGGAUCUUCUUUCUUGGUUUCCUCAGUGGUAUGCCGGACGUGGAGCUGGGUCUGAACGACAUGCGGCGGCAGGGCAAGGAGGUGGUGGGUCGCCACGACAUCAUCCCCGUCGUCACCGAGGAGUGGAUCCGCGUGGAGGAGCCCGAGUUCCACGCCUGCGUGCAGCCUGAAGAGUUCUACAACACGCAGAUCGUCAAGUUCAAGCCGCCGGACGCGUGCUACAUCGAGCUGAUGCGGUUCCGCGUGCGGCCGCCCAAGAACCGCGAGCUGCCGCUGCAGCUCAAGGCCGCCUGGUGCGUCACCGGCAACAAGGUGGAGCUGCGCGCGGACGUGCUGGUGCCCGGGUUCGCGUCGCGCGCGCUGGGGCAAGUGCCGUGCGAGGACGUAGCCAUCCGCUUCCCGAUCCCCGAGUGCUGGAUCUACCUGUUCCGCGUGGAGAAGCACUUCCGCUACGGGUCCGUGAAGUCGGCGCACCGGCGCACCGGCAAGAUCAAGGGCAUCGAGCGGUUCCUCGGCGCCGUGGAGCCGCCGGCCGAGUCGCUGAUCGAGGUGACGUCCGGGCAGGCCAAGUACGAGCACCAGCACCGCGCCGUGGUGUGGCGCAUGCCGCGGCUGCCCAAGGAGGGGCAGGGCGCGUACACGACGCACGCGCUGGCGUGCCGGCUGGCGCUCACGUCGUACGACCAGGUGCCGGCCGAGCUGGCGCGCUGGGCGCGGGUGGAGUUCACCAUGCCGGCGGCGCAGGCCUCGCACGCCACCGUGCGCUCCGUCGCGCUGCAGAACCACGACGCCGACCCGCCCGAGAAGUUCGUGCGCUACCUGGCGCGACACGAGUACCUAGUGGGCAUAGAGCGCACGACGGGACAGUCGGCGGCGGCCUACACGCUGGCCGCCACUACCGAUCCCGCGCCGGCGCCACCGCCGCAGCCUACGCAACCGACACCGCCGCAACCGCCAUCUUCGGACUCCGACUCCGACUGAACACCACACUAAUUUACGUAUCCAGCUAAUCCUUUGAUACCAUAGCUCUAUUCGGACCUUCGAAAGCAGAUGCCUGCACCUCUCUGCUAAUCGGAUAUAUUUUAAUGUUAUUUUGGGAAAGUGUGGCGUCACAGGUAUGUUAGAGUGUCACACAAUAUGAUGUGGAUUUGUUAUUCUGUAUCGGCCUAUGUAUCGACCAGUUUUUAAGAUGAAGUGGAAAAAUGUGGCAGAAAACAGCGGUCUAUGGUGUCCAAGGUUAAAGCAAGUAUCAAAUGUAAAGUAUAUAGUAUUCAUUAUAAUUUAUUAAUCAACUUCAAACAUUUCUACGUGUAUAACUGAAAGUGAAAUGGUUUUCUAUAUUUCUUUUCCUAGGCGAUCUUCCAAUGUUUUACAGUUUCUAUGCCGUCUCAUUGUAAGCAGUUCUGAGGUUCCUCGAAUAAAAUAGUAACAAAUUUAUGCUUCAAUUUAAUAUUGCGAUAUUCUUAAACUCUUUUAGCAAAAUGUUAUAUCAUUGUUAUAAAAAAUCAUCAAAUAUAUUCCAUUUAUGCUUAAUAGAAUCUAGUGGACUAUCGCUGUUGUCUGGAUGUAGAAUUGUGAUUGGAAAUUAAUUAUAAGUAAGUUAAAUAAACGUUCAAAAUUUAACGACUAUAAAUAAAAGCUACCACCAUACGUAUGACGUACUAAAGGUACAAUAUCAUAUUGCGUAAGUUACCUAGUAACUAAGUAAAAUAUAUUUAUGAUUAAAGAGCAUUAUCGUGGUACUGUAGUGAAUUAAAUAUAUUAUGAAGAUAUUUGUUAUAUAGUAGCAUUGCAUAUGUUAGGUGAAUCGGACUCUCCCACCGCUCUCUGUAGAGUUACUGCAUUAAGUAAAUUUAUUGAAAUAUAAAUAUAUACGUAGUGCUUAUUCAUGGGAUGUGAACCAAAAGAAGUAUACCGAGUUAUACUGUCUGAGAAAGUUUUAAAUGACUUGGACGUUAUAUAAAAAACGUGUAAUUAACAAAAAGAUACUCUUCGAUCUGAAUUAGAAGUGCGUUGGAACUCUUUACAAUUCGCCCGCUCGACAUUUUGGAUAAUUUAAGUUCAAUUUGUGCACAAUAACAAAUAUAUUGUAUAUUUAUGACAAAGAUUAGCUCGUUAAGGGUUAUAAUAUAAACGUUGAAGGUCCAAUUGUUUUUCUUCUAAAAUCUUUAAAGUGCUGUUAUACGAUGCAGAUUCUUGCGACUUAGAGAAUAUAAAAAUUAUUAUCAUUAAAUUGUCGUUACAUGAAACGUUGUACAUAGUAACAUAAGAGCGGUAUUCUCAAACAUUGUUUAGAUUUCGAUGACAAUUUAACAAUAAUAGAUUUUGUAAGCAUUAGUUUAAGAUAAUGUAGAAACAUAAUGUAUGCAAGGAGAGCCGACCGAAUGCUCGGGCGCGAGCUGCGACUGUGGAAUAUAUCGUUGAAAAAAAUUAUGUAAAGCUAGGAAGAAAUUAUAAUUUUCGGGUCAGUAUUAACAUUCAUAUUGGCUAUAAGGUGAUUGUGAUUAAAUGUGGACGUUCGGUUGGAACCAAGAAGACGUGCGCGUCGUCGACAGUACUCGAUCUUUGUGUGAGGGCGCGCGACUGUGGCGAACACACGGCGUCAGUCGUCACGUGCAACAUCUCAUUGUAUAGCUGAAUGGAGACAGAAUAGCAUUAUAAGCAAUAUAUAUAAGAGAUUUAGUCGCUAAGUGGAGAUGUACCUAAGUGUGUAUAGCGUCUUUGUAUUGCAUCUAGCACAAAACCUAUUAGUGCGAAUGUAUGGAAUAUUCUAACCUUCUGGAUUAACUAUAACAUUUCUAAGAUAUAAAGUAUUUAUUAUGAAAUUAUCGAGUUAAUGUCUAUGCUUAUAUCGAUAUAAUCCCUAGAUCGCGUUGUUGUACUUCAUAUAAAGACGUUGGAUGAGUUCGUAUCGAUGAUAACAUUAUUUAUAGAGCAAAUAUUCCGAAAGUAUUGUAAAAGUAUAUUUAUACUGUACUAAAUACCCAUAGCAUUAUAAUAUUAUGUCGUGCGUCGUGCAUUCGACGAAUAGCUCUCUCGUGUUGGAUGUUGUCUCUUUGCGGAACUUUGCUUUUGCUAGAGCUUACAAGAGCUUACAGGCUGGGAAUAUUAAGAUUAAUAUUCAACACUUCUGGUAAAUCGUUUCGUGAAAGCACGUUCCGGCAUUGGACAAACAGUGUAAACUCUAUCAAAAGUAGACAUAUAAGUAUAAACCGUGCAAUAAUAGGAUAAGUGGUGUGCACUAGUGACUGCCUAGCGUUGGGAAGAGGCGGCAGUCAUCCGCGAACCCUGUCAUGUUUUGUUGUUAAUAAAAUAAUCGCAACU